UUUCAAUGCUGCAGCCUAAUUUCGUCGUCAUAGUUAUUCCAUUUUCAGAACUUUCAAAUCGUUUGCAACAAUAAAAUAGGAAAAAUGAAAAUGGCCAAAAUUGACGCUGAAGAAUCAAUUAUUCGUAGAAAUCGACCUGGAACCAAGUCACAGAACUGGUGUAACUGGCCUGAUGAGUUGUUCGAGGAGAUGGACAGCACUCUAGCCGUGCAGCAGUUUAUACAGCAGUCUAUUGCACGAGAUGCCUCGUGCGUGGAUGAAAUACUUACACCACCAGAUGGUCAGGAUGAAGGUGUCUGGAAAUACGAACAUCUCAGGCAGUUUUGUAUGGAGUUAAAUGGAUUGGCAGUCAAACUACAGAGUGAAUGUAAUCCAGAAACCUGUACACAGAUGACAGCUACAGAACAGUGGAUAUUUCUGUGUGCUGCACAUAAAACACCAAAGGAGUGUCCAGCAAUAGAUUAUACAAGACACACUCUAGAUGGUGCAGCUUGUUUGUUGAACAGCAAUAAAUAUUUCCCAAGCAGGGUGAGUAUAAAGGAAUCAUCAGUAGCAAAGCUGGGUUCUGUAUGCAGGAGGGUCUACAGAAUAUUUUCACAUGCUUACUUUCAUCAUAGGGCUCUAUUUGAUGAAUAUGAGAAUGAGACGUCUUUGUGUAAACGUUUCACAGUAUUUGUUACCAAGUAUAAUCUUAUGUCUAAAGACAAUCUUAUAGUGCCAAUACUCGAGGACCAACAAUCCCUAGCCGCUGAAAGUGAAGCUUGAAUUACCUCCCCUGAAGCAGUCUAGAUCAUUAACUUUUCUAUGUUAUGCAAUACUGUAAAACUCUGAUAUAGUAAACUCAAUAUAACUGGUUGUAUGUUUCAAUGAACCCAGAUAUCUUAUAUUCUUAUAUACAUGUAUAUAACAAUUUUCAUUAUUCGUGGAGGAGUUAAUGAAACACUAGGAUGUAAAGAAGAUUGGGCAUUUUAUAUGUCUCCUGUUGUGUUAUGAAGCACUAUUACUUUUCUGUGGCCGCUGUAAUAAAGUUUUAUUUAAGAAAAACUCAAGCAUUUAUUUCUGAAUAAAGCAAUUUAUCAGCUUGCGUAUGAUGCAAAAAAUGAGUUUUAGAUAAUAUAAUUGCACUGUACCUUUGAGGUAAUUUGACAUCAUAAAAUUUUGUGAAAUUUGUUCAGAUCAAAGUACAUAUUUUCAAUCCCUUGCAAUACUUCAACUGUUUUGGCAAACAGUUCCAGUUUAGAAUGAAUGACUACAUUACGAUUCCUGGAACCCAACUUUAUGACCAUUUUCAGACGUUGUUACAGUGCUUAAUGCUUAAAAACUUGUUCGUUUAUCUGUCAGUGGAGUCUGCUGUGACAGGUCACAGUUUGGCUGGAAUACUUUUCUGCAAAGUUUUAAUUUACAUAUAUACUAUUUAUUCAUUAUUAUUAUCAUUCAUGUACAAAUAGAUAAUAAUUAUAUAAAAUACAUUAGAAUAAAGUAUAAUGUUUAGUUUAUUUAAAAACACCUGAAUCCGUUGGAUGGAUUUGGAGUGUUUAUUCAUUGUGUAUGUAAAAUACAAAUGUAGUAGCAUUAUUUCUUGAUCCAUAUAAUUUGAUCGACAUAACGCAUUAUUAAAAAUAUAUAUGAUUUGUAAUAUUAGAGUACAGUUUCAUCCCGGUAUAGAUAAAAGCCAUUUUCAUAUUAAAAGCCUUUGAAGAAGGGUUUUAGUUUUAAUAUAUCACACAGCUUACUGCCAGAUUCAUUUCUGGUUUUUCCCAUUUUAAUAAAUAGAUUAAUUUGUUAUUAUUUGCAAAUAAAAAUGGACUAGAUUCAGCUAGUCCUAUAGAGAAUUUAUAAACACAUAGAUGUGUAGUUAGUAACUGUAGUACGUAAUAGUCACAGGAUGAAAGUAGUUGUGUAUAUCAUUUUCUUAAAGGAACUGUAUCGCAAGUUUUAUAUUUGAAAAAAUAAACCGUUACUACACAGUGCCUGUGUAAACCUAAAAUAAUUAAACAUGUGUGUGAAUAUAAACAGUAUUGUAUAUAAGUUUGAAAUAAUAGACAAUUAAUGUAUAAAUGGCUUAUUACCACUAAAAAAUGGAAGUUUUUAAGCAAAGGGCAGUUAGUACAUUGCAAGUGCAAGUUUUCACACAGUUUUUUCAUACAUAUUUAGCCAAACCAAAAUAUUUAAUUAAGAUAAUCUACAUUUAAAGUCAAUAACUAGUGAUAUAUUUUACUGAAUUCUGCACAAAUAAUAUAAAAUUAAGAUAACAAACUGAAUAAUAUGGUUUCUGAUUUAAAAAAAAAAGAUGAUGUUUUGAAUAAAUGUGAUGAUAAAUUAUAUUUAGAUACUCAAAUGGGCAAUGGACUUUUGGGUACAACUUUGGCCUGUCUUUACAUGAGAACUUUCAAUAUUAAGGUAGUUCUGCACGUUUGGAUCGAAAAAUUUUCUACAAUGUAGAAUUUGAUUAAACUCUGAUUUUUCAAAACUUCAGAAUAUACCUAGAAAAUUCAGCAACUAAAAAAGAUAGGGACGUGUACUUGAUUUUUAGCUCACCUGUCACAAAGUGACAAGGUGAGCUUUUGUGAUCGCGCGGUGUCCGUCGUCCAUCGUCCGUCUGUGCGUCCGUCCGUAAACUUUUGCUUGUGACCACUCUAGAGGCCAUAUUUUUCAAUGGAUCUUUAUGAAAGUUGGUCAGAAUGUUCAUCUUGAUGAUAUCUAGGUCAAGUUCGAAACUGGGUCACGUGCCGUCAAAAACUAGGUCAGUAGGUCUAAAAAUAGAAAAACCUUGUGACCUCUCUAGAGGCCAUAUAUUUCAUAAAAUCUUCAUGAAAAUUGGUCAGAAUGUUCACCUUGAUGAUAUCUAGGUCAAGUUCGAAACUGGGUCACGUGCCUUCAAAAACUAGGUCAGUAGGUCUAAAAAAAGAAAAACCUUGUGACCUCUCUAGAGGCCAUAUAUUUCACAAAAUCUUCGUGAAAAUUGGUCAGAACAUUCACCUUGAUGAUAUCUAGGUCAAGUUCGAAACUGGGUCAUGUGUGGUCAAAAACUAGGUCAGUAGGUCUAAAAAUAGAAAAACCUUGUGACCUCUCUAGAGGCCAUAUAUUUCACAAAAUCUUCGUGAAAAUUGGUCAGAACAUUCACCUUGAUGAUAUCUAGGUCAAGGUCGAAACUGGGUCACGUGCCGUCAAAAACUAGGUCAGUAGGUCAAAUAAUAGAAAAACCUUGUGACCUCUCUAAAGGCCAUAUUUUUUUCAUGGGAUCUGUAUGAAAGUUGGUCUGAAUGUUCAUCUUGAUGAUAUCUAGGUCAAGUUCGAAACUGGGUCACGUGCGGUCAAAAACUAGGUCAGUAGGUCUAAAAAUAGAAAAACUUUGUGACCUCUCUAGAGGCCAUAUAUUUCAUGAGAUCUUCAUGAAAAUUGGUCAGAAUGUUCACCUUGAUGAUAUCUAGGUCAGGUUCGAAACUGGGUCACGUGCGGUCAAAAACUAGGUCAGUAGGUCUAAAAAUAGAAAAACUUUGUGACCUCUCUAGAGGCCAUAUAUUUCAUGAGAUCUUCAUGAAAAUUGGUCAGAAUGUUCACCUUGAUAAUAUCUAGGUCAGGUUCGAAAGUGGGUCACGUGCCGUCAAAAACUAGGUCAGUAGGUCAAAUAACUGAAGAACCUUGUGACCUCUCUAGAGGCCAUAUUUUUCAUGGGAUCUGUAUGAAAAUUGGUCUGAAUGUUCAUCUUGAUUGUAUCUAGGUCAGGUUCGAAACAGGGUCAUGUGCAGUCAAAAACUAGGUCAGUAGGUCUAAAAAUAGAAAAACCUUGUGACUUCUCUAGAGGCCAUACUUGUGAAUGGAUCUCCAUAAAAAUUGGUCAGAAUGUUCAUCUUGAUGAUAUCUAGGUCAAGUUUGAAACUGGGUCACGUGCCAUAAAAAACUAGGUCAGUAGGUCAAAUAAUAAAAAAACCUUGUGACCUCUCUAGAGGCCAUACUUUUCAUGGGAUCUGUAUAAAAGUUGGUCUGAAUAUUCAUCUUGAUGAUAUCUAGUUCAAGUUUGAAACUGGGUCAACUGCGGUCAAAAACUAGGUCAGUAGGUCUAAAAUUAUUAAAAUCUUUUGACCUCUCUAGAGGCCAUAUUUUUCAAUGGAUUUUCAUGAAAAUUGAUCUGAAUGUUCACCUUGAUGAUAUCUAGGUCAGUUUCGAAACUGGGUCACGUGCGGUCAAAAACUAGGCCAGUAGGUAUAAAAAUAGAAAAACCUUGUGACCUCUCUAGAGGCCAUAUUUUUCAUGAGAUCUUCAUGAAAAUUAGUGAGAAUGUUCACCUUGAUGAUAUCUAGGUAAAGGUCAAAACAGGGUCACGUACCUUCGAAAACUAGGUCAAUAGGUCAAAUAAUAGAAAAACCUUGUGAUCUCUCUAGAGACCAUAUUUUUCAAUGGAUCUUCAUGAAAAUUGGUCAGAAUGUUUAUCUUGAUAAUAUCUAGGUCAAGUUCAAAACUGGGUCACAUGAGCUGAAAAACUAGGUCACUAUGUCAAAUAAUAGAAAAAACUACGUCAUACUCAAAACUGGGUCAUGUGGGAAGAGGUGAGCGAUUCAGAACCAUCAUGGUCCUCUUGUUUGCUAGACUGAUUUGAAAAAUUUGGACCUCAUGCAGUAUUUCAUAAUGGAAGUCUAUGGGAAAAUCAUAACUUUCAUAACAUUUUCGCAGAUAGAAUUUUUUCUACAAUGUAGAUUUUGAUGAAACUUUCCACGGUUGUUAAUAAACAUAGGCACUAUAAUUUGGUGAAACAAAAUGUAUAGGUCCGUGUGCUUAUUUUUGAGAUAUUUAACCAUAAUAAACGUGAACCGGACAAUUCACGCUAAUUUUAACACAUUAUUUUGAAUUUUUAACGUGCCGUAUCUUUUAAUACCAUAUUUUGACUUUAGAAAUAUAGCAACAGUGCCAUUGUAAUAAAUUUACUCACAGGUUUCAAUUGAUCCAUAAAAUGAUUUUCAUUUCCGUACGCCGAAUUCAGGCUUUAUUCUACGUUUUCCGGAUAAAUAACGUUACGCCAUCACUUCCGGUUUUUCAAACGUGCAGAACUACCUUAAUAGAUUUCUAAGUCUUUUAGAUGUAUUGUUGCAUGUUUGUAUAUUUAUGUUUAUGUAUUUGACAUGAAAUAAAAUAAUGAAAUAUAAA